GCGGCGGGCACUCGUGCUCGGCCCGGGCUCCGGUUCGCACUCGGCCCCCGGCUUCCGACCCGCGGCGGCGGCGGCGCGCCCCCCGCAGCCCCGGCCCCACGCGCCCCGCCCGCGCGCUCGGCCCCGCGCAGCAGCAGCCAUGCCGCCGCGGCGCAGCAUCGUGGAGGUGAAGGUGCUGGACGUGCAGAAGCGGCGGGUGCCCAACAAGCAUUAUGUCUACAUCAUCCGGGUCACGUGGUCCAGCGGCUCCACCGAGGCCAUCUAUCGGCGCUACAGCAAGUUCUUUGACCUCCAGAUGCAGAUGUUGGACAAAUUUCCCAUGGAAGGAGGACAGAAGGACCCCAAACAGCGGAUCAUCCCCUUCCUGCCAGGCAAAAUCCUCUUCCGACGAAGCCACAUCCGGGAUGUGGCCGUCAAACGCCUGAUACCCAUCGAUGAAUACUGCAAGGCCCUGAUCCAGCUGCCCCCCUACAUCUCCCAGUGUGACGAGGUGCUGCAGUUCUUUGAGACAAGACCUGAGGACCUGAAUCCCCCCAAAGAGGAGCAUGUUGGGAAAAAGAAAUCUGGGAGCGACCCGACCUCGGUGGACCCCAUGGUCCUGGAGCAGUUCGUGGUGGUGGCAGACUACCAGAAGCAGGAGAGCUCGGAGAUCAGCCUCAGCGUGGGCCAGGUGGUGGACAUCAUCGAGAAGAACGAGUCAGGUUGGUGGUUCGUCAGCACCGCGGAAGAGCAAGGCUGGGUGCCCGCGACCUGCCUCGAAGGGCAGGACGGCGGGCAGGAUGAGUUUUCCCUGGAGCCGGAGGAAGAGGAGAAGUACUCGGUCAUCUACCCGUACACGGCGCGUGACCAGGAUGAAAUGAACCUGGAGAGAGGGGCCGUGGUGGAGGUCAUUCAGAAAAACCUGGAAGGCUGGUGGAAGAUCAGGUACCAGGGCAAAGAGGGCUGGGCCCCAGCCUCGUACCUAAAGAAGAGCAGCGGGGAGCCCUUCUCCCUGAAGCUGGGCCCCGGCUCACCUGCCCACACGGGCGUCCUGGACCUGGAUGGAGUUUCCCGGCCGCCGAACUCCGUGGGCAGGGAGAAGGAGCCGCUCAGCAACCAGAGGGACGGCCGCUUUGAAGGCCGCCCGCUGCCAGACGGCGACGUCAAGCAGAGAUCGCCCAAGAUGAGGCAGAGACCCCCUCCUCGCCGGGAUAUGACCAUACCUCGGGGUCUCAACCUGCCCAAGCCCCCCAUCCCACCCCAAGUGGAGGAAGAGUAUUACACCAUUGCCGAGUUCCAGACAACCAUCCCUGAUGGCAUCAGCUUCCAGGCGGGCCUCAAGGUCGAGGUGAUCGAGAAGAACUUGAGUGGCUGGUGGUACAUUCAGAUUGAAGAUAAGGAAGGAUGGGCGCCAGCAACCUUCAUUGACAAGUACAAGAAGACCAGCAAUGCCUCGAGACCCAACUUCCUGGCUCCCUUGCCCAAUGAGAUGGCCCAGCUCCGGCUGGGGGAUGCAGCGAUGGAGACCAGCACGGGCGGUGACGCUGGCGGCCCCUCUCGGCCCCUGCCCGAUGCGCCGCUCGGCGCCGUGGACUCUGGGAUGCCGAGGUCCAAAGACUGGAAGGGCGGGAAGGAGGUCCUGAGAAAGGCGCCUCCCGACGUGCCGUGCACCGGCUACGAGGAGAUCUCCGACCUCAUCCAGGAGGAGAAGCCCAGCCUCCCUCCCCGGAAAGAAUCCAUCAUCAAGUCGGAAGGGGAGCUGCAGGAGCGCGAGCGGCAGCGGCUGGAGCAGCUCAGGGGCUCCUCGCCCAAGCCUCCGGGCAUGAUUUUGCCAAUGAUUCCAGCUAAACACAGCCCCCCGACCCGGGACGGCAAGAAGCCAGAGCCCAAACCUGACAAAAGCAAGGUAUUCCAGCUGAAAAACGAGAUGGGGCUGGAGUGUGGCCAUAAAGUAUUGGCCAAGGAAGUGAAGAAGCCCAACCUCCGGCCCAUCUCCAAACCCAAAGCCGACCCGCCGGAGGAGAAGCCGGAAGCCAUAGCCCAGAACCCCUUCCUGAAGUCCAAACCUCAGGUGAGGCCAAAACCAGCUUCCUCCCCCAGGAUCGAGGCACCUCAGGGCGAAGAGCAGGUGGACAUCUGCAACCUCAGGAGCAAGCUCAGGCCCGCCAAGCCCCACGAGAAGCCCUUGCCGGACGGAGAGAGCGGCCACCAGGCUGUUGGGGGCCAGGACGCGGCCUUCAGCCGCAGCUUCCUCCCAGGGGAGGGGCCCGGUCGCGCUCCGGACAGGACGGGCAAACAGGACGGGCUCGGCCCCAAGGAGGUCCCCUGCAGACCCCCUCCGAAGCCAGCCAAGACCACGGAUCCUGCGCCUAAGAAUGUGCCCGCGCCUCUCAGAGAGGCUCCCCAGGAGGCUCCCCAGCAGAGACCCGUGAUCCCGCCCCGCAGACCACCUCCCCCCAAGAAAACCUCCUCCUCACCCAGGCCCCUCCCGGAGCCCCUGGGGCCGCAGCGAGAGGCCAGCGAAGGCAGGGCCGCUCCUGCCCCAGGCCGGGCCCUGCUGGUCCCUCCGAAAGCCAAACCUUUUCUGGCCAACUCCUCGGGGGGCCUAGAAGACCUCCGAGGGAAAGGCGGGCUGGGCCCACGGAUGGCGGGCAAGAUGGGAGAGAACAGGGAGAAGGCGGCGGCGGCCCCCUGCCCCGGUGCCGACAGCCCGAAGGACCUGUACGUGGCCGUGGCCAGCUUCGAAGGGGACGAAGACACCAGCAGCUUCCAGGAGGGGACGGUGUUCGAGGUCCGGGAGAAGAACAGCAGCGGCUGGUGGUUCUGCCAGGUCCUCAGCGGGGCGCCCUCCUGGGAAGGCUGGAUUCCCUCCAACUAUCUCCGCAAGAAGCCCUAGCCUCCCGCCUCCCCGUGUGGAGGCCCCGCGUGCCCCCCUGGUUUCACCCACGUAUUUAAUAUGCCUCUUAAUUUAUCAUCCUCCACGCGGCUUCCAAGGAAGGCAGGCUCUGGGGGGCUGUGGUUUCCUCCCUCCCGUGGGUGGAGCCAGCCCUGGAGGCGCCGCGGCCACGCCCUUGCUCUCUCUCCGCUCGGUAUCCCUGCCUUAAGGCCAGUGGCAUCGCCCCGCGCUUCCCUGCCCACCCGGCAGCCGGACCGUGACCCUCCAGGCCUCCGGGACCGGGACCCGCCACGGGGAGAACCUGCAGAAGGAUUCCCCGCUGCUUGGACCCGGCGCAGCGAGGGGCAGUCGCUGGCAGCCCGCAGCCCGUGACAGCUUGCUCCAUGUCGAAAAGCCCAGUGACUUUAUUCACCCCGUUUCCCAAAUGCCCGGUACCAGAAAGGACUUCACUCUACAUAGAAGGCGGCUCCAUGGCCAAUCCCAGGGGGGUGUCCUUCUGUCCGAGGCCUCAGGCCCUGGGCCUCUCAGGUUUGACCAGAUGCAACUGCCCCACGAGGGAGUGGGCCUCCCAGCUUCUGUCUUUGAACCUGAUCCGUCCUAAAGGGGCGGGUCCAGCCUGGAGCAAGUGCCAGCCUCCGGACGAUCCCCGCCCCGCCCUGGGGCACGUCGCUUCUGUCCACUCAGACCAAGAAUCUCCACGUUUGUUGGAAAGAAGAGGACCAUUAACAAGCCAUGCUCCGUGCUGAGCGCCCCUUUGCUGAGUAGCUAGUCGGUGCCAAACUGUACGCGGCACUUUGCAUUCGUGUUUAACCCUCACAACAACCCUCUCUUGUAAUAUUAUACCCGUUUUACAGAUGAGGAAACUUGGGCGCAGUGUGCCCGAGGCACAUUAGCUGGGAAGAGGGGGAAGAGGACUUGAAUCCAGGCAGGGGGAGGGAGAGCCUCGGGUGCCGGAGCCCUGCUCUUUGCUCCCGAGCUGGUGUCCCGGAGGGAGAGAGCGGAUGGAGCAGAGGGAGCUGGGGUGGUCUCACAUGCCAGCCUUGAGGGGCCCAGGUGGCUCAAAGGCCAGCAGCUGGUUCUCCAGCAGGCUGAGCAUAGCAAGCAGUGGCCCCCUCAGAUGACAGGGACCCAAGGGCCGGGCAGCGCCUCCUGUCGCUCUCUGCUGCUGCUUCCCACUC